AUGCAAAUAAUCAUCGGUCAUCUCAAAGACAUAGCAGACUCCCUAGAAUUUGAUCUUGCAGAGGCCAUCAUCGCGCUACAAGUGGUACCUACAAAAGAUGAAUUAGCCCUCCGUCAUUCAGCAGAUAGGCUCAGAAAUGAUGCCUUGCUUCAAGCAGUAUCUACCGGGAACUUUCUCGCUGCGAAACGGUUGGUCAAGAAUGGAGCGGAUGUCAACGCCACGGAUCACUACGGCCAGACUGCUCUUCAUCUGACCGUUAUAGGAGGUGCCCGGGAAUUGACUCUGAGCAUCUUGGACAAGGGAGGUGAUCCUAAUGCGCAGGACAACGAUGGACGCACUCCUCUACAUCGAGCCGCCGAGAUGGGUGACGCAGACACUGUAAAACUUCUUCUCGAUAGAAAAGCGGACUGCACAAUCCGAAACAGAUGGAACGAGACCCCAGUCAGAGUCGCAAGGAGAGCGCAUCAUCUGGGCGUAAUGAAGAUGCUACAGGAGGCACAGAACAUGCGACAAGACUUACAGGUAUUUGCUAUACACUCCCUACCACCAGAGUAG